AUGGAAAUGCCAUUAUAUCAACCUAUGGAACAAAUUUCGAUACCUACUUGCCAGUUGGAAUUUCAACUAAUAGUAAUAUGUGAUGGAAAUUGGCUCAAUCCUGUAAAACGAUCAUCACCCAUUGUUGCUGAUUUCAACAAUGACAGUCGACUCGAUCUCGUUUUUCUCUCUACAAAUCCUAAUGCUGUGAAUGUAUUUCUUGGAAAUGGGAACGGAACGUUUAUAGUACAAUGGGUGUUACUGCAAGGAAGUCUUAAUAUUUUGAGUAGCAUUACUUCUGGUGAUUUAAACAAUGAUAAGAUACUUGAUCUCGCUUUUGUCGAUCAAUAUGCAAACACUGUGAAUAUUGUUUUCGGGAAUGGAAACGGAACUUUUCGAUCAGUGAAGAAUUUAUCACUAGGAAAUGAUAGUUUUUUGCAAGGAAUUACUGUAGCUGAUUUGAAUGGUGACACUUACUUAGAUAUUGCUGUUGCUAACAGCUACCAAAAUAAUGUUCGUGUGUUUUUUGGGGAUGGUAAACAAACUUUUAUCGCACAAAUGACAUUAUAUAGUGGACGUAGCAGUUAUCCGAAUGCGAUUGCUGUCGCAGACUUUAACAGUGAUGGUUACAAAGAUAUUGCUGUUCUCAAUUAUUAUGGUAGAAAUAUUGGUAUAUUUCUUGGGUACGGUAAUGGAUCUUUUCAAGCGCAGCAGAUGUCUUUCACCGGUGGUUAUUACCAUCCAAAAGAUUUCAAGGUUGGCGAUUUCAACAGUGACGAUCGACUCGACGUCGCUGUAGCAUAUGAUAUGGAUAACAUGAUAAGUGUAUUAUUUGGAUUUGAUAAUGGUACUUUGGGGUUGAAAGCCAAGUUGGUUCGAGGAAAUACUACACUAAACACAGCAGUUGGCGUCGGCGAUUUUAAUGGUGAUGGUUACCUGGACAUUAGUGUUGGUACGGGUAGUUCAUCGAUAGCUGUCUUCGUUGGGAAUGGAAAUGGGAAUUUUGAGCGGCAAAUAAUAGUGGCGUUUGGAGGCGGUGGUACUUCGAUAUCAUCUAUUGCCGGUGAUUUUAAUGGUAAUGGUUAUCAAGACGUAGUUAUUAUGGACCAAUCGUACGGAUUUUUAUAUAUGCUCCUAAAUACAGGUCAAUGCCAUCCAAAUAAGACUCUCGAGACAAGCACAUUCAUUCAGCAAUAA